AACCCAACCAACCGAAGAGGCAAGACAGGCGAAACUCACUUCUCUGCAAUAUUCUGUGGAUCUUUUCUUUUCUUUUUUUUUCUUUUUUUAACAAGAUAACAAAUCAAUACAACUUUUUUCCAGCAAGGGAGCUGUCAAAUCCUGAUACCCGAGUUUCCACUGGCUGAAAGUAAGCAUUCAGAUUGUUUGGCGUAUAUUUUUAAAGCAGGAGCGUGUGGACCAUGUGGUUAGUGGAUGUAUGAUUUUAUGAUUUUUUUUUAACUGCGGAUUUUGAUUUUUUCCUUGGUUUCAUUAUAAACUGGGAUUUAAUAUCGCACUUUGGAAGAUUCGAAAAAGGGUCCGUAGCCACUUUCUGAAACAAGUUUAUUAUUAACUGGAGACUUCAAACGUAAUAGAAAUUAAGCAGCCUUGUUUUCAUUUAAUACGUGGAAUUGGCCUUUCUAGCCGUAAUGCUGACUUUCGUAGUUGGACUGUUGUACCUGGUCAGCGGACGCACGGUGCGAAGCCAGGGUGCUACAGGUAGCCGCUUCGUUUGCAACGCCAUUCCCCCCGGCGCGGAGCCGGGCUGCGGGUAUGAUCCUACGGGGAACCGCGUGCAGAGCAGCAGCCCGAUGGAGGACGAGCUGCGGAACACGAUCAUCGUGCUCCGAGAGACCAUCCUGCAGCAGAAAGAGACCCUCGUGAGCCAGCAAGGGACCAUCAGGGAGCUCAACUCCAAGCUGGCGCGCUGCGAGGCGGCAGCCGACGAGUCUCCGCAGGGAAGGUCCCGGGGUCAGGGCUCCAGGCGGAAGGAGUACAGCAAGAACACGAUGGGGGACCUGCCCCGGGACCCCGGCGAGAGCAUAGACCAACUGGGCAAGACCAUGCAGAGUCUUAAAGGUCGGUUGGAGAACUUGGAGCAGCAGAGUUUGCGUCUUCCCAGCACUAAUGUGUCAGCUGGAAGUGUCUCAGCCCUGACUCCGCUGCCACCGGAGCUCCGGGAGUUGCUUCGGCAGCGUCUGGGGGCGCUGGAGACCCAGCUCCUCCGGAAGGUGGCCGAUCUGGAGGAGGAGAAGAGCCAGCUCUACAAUGAAACAACGGCCCACCGCCAACGCACCGAGAGCGCUCUCAAUUCCCUCAUGGAGAGGAUCACCGAGCUCGAGAAAAGUAAUAAUGCCUUCAAGUCACCUGAGGAUUUUAAGGUGUCCCUCCCUCUUCGCACUAACUACCUGUAUGGACGCAUUAAGAAGAGCCUCCCGGAGAUGUACGCCUUCACCGUGUGCAUGUGGCUCAAGUCCAGUGCCAGUCCCGGCAUAGGAACCCCGUUCUCCUACGGCGUGCCCGGCCAGGCCAACGAGAUCGUCCUCAUCGAGUGGGGGAACAACCCCAUCGAGCUACUGGUUAAUGAUAAGGUGGCCCAGCUCCCUUUAUCUGUGAGUGACGGCCGCUGGCACCACAUCUGCAUCACCUGGACGACCAGAGACGGAUUCUGGGAGGCUUAUCAGGACGGCGAGCGUCUAGGCACUGGGGACAACCUGGCCCCCUGGCACCCAAUUAAACCUGGAGGGGUGAUCAUCCUGGGCCAGGAGCAGGACAUAGUUGGAGGCCGUUUUGACGCCACCCAGGCCUUUGUGGGCGAGCUGAGCCAGUUCAACAUGUGGGACCGAGUACUGCGGCCUAUGGACAUCGUGGGUCUGGCCAACUGCUCUGCGUACAUGCCGGGCAACGUGGUUCCUUGGGUUGACGCUAAUGUGGAAGUGUUUGGUGGGGGGAGUAAAGCUGCUCUGGAAAUCUGUGAAGAUCGUGCUUCUGAUUCCUAGAGGAUCGGAUGUAAGGAAAAUUAGCAUCGCCGCUGGGAUUGAAAAAAGCUAAGUAUUCUGACUGUUUGUUCCUUCAGUCAAAUCCCAAAGAAAGGGGCGCCAGUGCAACAUUUUUACAAAGUUUUAUCGUGUGAAUGCACACUCUCAAAGACAUUUGGGACCCACCUGUUGAAGUGUCCAUUCAAUUUGAACCCGAAGACAUUGCGGGAGACUUCAAAUUAUUGUGCUCAUCUGCAGAAGAUAUGCUGUUGCAUCAGUCUGCUGUAAUGAUAUGACCUACUGUCAUUCUGUGCUUUCUCUUCAGUAGCUCAGCUUUUGUUUGAUUCCUCUUUGAAAACAGCUCUUUUUGGUUGCAGUCCUUAUAUUGACAAUACUGAACUGUGUCCGUGGUGAAUGUGAGCUCAGGCUUUGAUGUGCUGUGGAACACUAUUCCUGAGUAACAUGGUAGAGUACUACACGCUGUGAGCUUCCUGGCUGUUUGAUGAAGCACCAAUACCAGAAAGCGCAGUGAAAUGAGAUGGAUGCUCCUGAGUUCAAAGUGGACAAGACCAACUCUCGCUGAUGAUUACUUUGAACCAUGGCAGAAUGUCUAAAUAUUAUGCAUGAGCCCCAGCACUGAAAAGAAGUGAGUGGAGAAGUGACAGUGCAUGCUUUCUGUCAAUACACAGUGCGUGUAUGGUGUGUCCAAACAAGCCAAUGUACCAUGCUGACAGCAUUAUGUAAGUGUGUGUGUGUGUGUGUGUGUGUGUGUGUGUGUGUGUGUGUGUGUGUGUGUGUGUGUG